GUUGUGGGAAUAGCUGGCCAUGUCACCCAGGUUUUAGAUACGAUCCAAGUCAGAGGUGCCCAGCGGAUCUGGACUCGGGAGGUGGAGGCGGGGUGGGCUUGGUGCAAGUGGGCUCGCAGGCCAUCAAGGUCAACGGGACCACGGGCUCCAUGGAGGUUGCACCCCAAGUCGUCAAGCACUUGGCCAUUUUGCAGACUGCUUCAGGAUCAACAGCAUUUGCGAAGAGCGGCUUGGGAACCAGCGACAGUGCCGUUGUGCUUCUGGGCAUGGUGUGCAUUUUGGUCAUCUUCUUGAUAGCGGGUUCUCAAAACGGUUCCUCGCAGGAGACCGGGGAAUCGCGGCUGCAAAACUUCUAUCAAAGGGCAACCUCCUGGGUGAUGCCAAGAUUGGAAGCCUUACAAGAAGUCCUUCCUUGCAUCAGCACCAAUCUAGUAGUCUGGGCCCCAGGGACAGCUUGCGAGACAUCCAAACCUCCCAGAGUUGAUCCUGGAUGA